AUGUACUUCCCCAAAGUCGGCGACCGCGUGGAGGACCUCGACACGCCCUCCAUGAUCGUGGAUCUCGAUCUCAUGGAGGCGAACAUCCAGAAGCUGAUGAACAAGCUCCUGCCCACCGGCCUCAACAUCCGUCCCCACCUGAAGACCACCAAGAGCGCCAUUCUCGCCAACAAGCUCGCCAAGGCCGGUGCAAAGGGAGGCUGCGUGGCCAAGAUCAGCGAGGCCGAGGCCAUUGCCGCGGCAGGCUUCGACGAUCUUCUCAUCACUUGCGAGAUCGUGGGCCCCGUCAAGGUGCAGCGGUUGGUUGAGCUGUAUCGCAAGCACCCGAAGAUCCGGAUCGUCGUGGACAGCGAGGUCGGAGCAUCGGCAAUUAAUGACGCCCUGGCGAACUCGGGCAUCCAGAAACCCAUUACAACCCUCAUUGACCUGGACGUCGGUCUUCACCGCACCGGCGUCAAGCCCGGCGAGCCGGCUCUCGCCCUAGCACGACAUGUCGGUGGAUUGAAGCAUCUGAAGCUGAUCGGUGUGCAAGGAUAUGAGGGCCAUUUACAGCACUUGCAUGAUUACGAGGACCGCAAGAAGCAAUGCCUGGAGUCGAUGUCUACCUUGGUGGGCACCGCGGAGGCCUUCCGUCAGGCCGGCUUCCCCAUCGAGGUCGUCACCACCGGUGGCACUGGUACUGCUGAAUUCUGCGCCAGCGUGCCAGGUGUGACCGAGCUGCAGCCAGGUUCGUUUAUCUUCAUGGACGUCGAUUACCGCAACGCCGUCGGCUCGUUCUUCUCGCAUAGUCUUGUCCUGCUAUCGACUGUGAUCAGUCAACAGGGCCCCCGGGCCGUCACCAUUGACACAGGCCUCAAGUCCUUGACGACUGAUAGCGGUCUGGCAGAGUGCAAGGACUCAAGAUACGAGUAUGGCGUGCUGGGUGAUGAGCACGGUUCAUUGAUGUGGGAGGAGGGCUCCCCGGCCCUGAAGGUUGGCGAUCGUGUCGAGAUGCUUCCCAGCCACAUUGACCCGACUGUCAACCUGCACGACUUCUACUAUGCCCAUCGUAACGGGGUGAUUCAAGAGAUUUGGCCCGUUGACUCCCGGGGGCAAGGUGCAAUAAUCAGAGAUCGUGGACCAUUUUUAUAUAUGCAUACAUACUAG